UGCGGACGAGUCCUCGCAGACGAUUUCGCGUGGGCAAGGCCCUUGGGACCUCGGAUUACGCGAUAGCGCAAAAUGCGCUACGGCGUGCUGGUUGGAUUCUGUGGUGGUUCUUAUGCCAUAAUCCGAACGGAAAGGGGAAAGUAUGAUAUGGACGAUGUUCUGGCUGCUUUUCUGCCGUUGCUGUGCAUUCCUUCAGUUACUGCUAUCCUUGUUGGCAUUUACAAAUGGAAGGAUGACGGAUGGAAAGUUUCUAAGGCAGCGUUCAGACUGGUUGCUGGCGGAUGGCUAUUGCUAGCCCUGGUGACCAUCUUAAUCGGUGUCAAAUGUUGGCAGGUGGCCGGGUUGUUUAUGUUUGUCCUUCUGCUCGUGUUCUUAGGUAUGGCGGCAGCAUAUCGCUGGGUAGCACAUAAUUUUUACCUUACACGAUGGGAGAUGGUAUUCGUUGCUCUCAUGUCCCUGCUUUUAGCGCUUGGUGCAUUUCUGUUCGGCAUUUUAACAGGUACAUCGAAGACGAAGCUGGAGCUAUGGCGCCACAGUUUAGCGCAUGGCUGGGCACAGGCAUUGAGCAAGGCGGUCGGAGACACCGUGAGCAAGGCAGUAAAUAAAGAGAAAGAAGGAAACGAAUCUGGACAGCGCUCUGCACAAGGUGCAUACGGGGAAGAAAGAAUGCAGAAACGGGAGAGGGAGCUAUGGCUGAGGGGAAAGAUGCAUGUCCCACUCGUUUCCUGAUGAAAACGAGCGGGGAAAGAUAGUAGACUCGGGUCUUGGCAUAGGGCGAAGGUAGUGGCAGUGUUAGUUUUGGUGUUAGUGGUGUAGGAGGCAAGUAAAGACUCGAUUUCGAG